GGCAAUUAUAUAUUUAAGUGAAAUAGAUAUAUACGCGCAGAUAUAUGUGCUUGUGUGGCUGAGACUGACGAUAACAAUGGCCGGUAACAUGUCUUCCAGUUCGAAUGGGGAGUUAAAGAAACUUUCGGAGGAAAGUUUACUACAGCCCCCGGAAAAGGUUUUCGAUAUUAUGUACAAACUGGGCGAGGGAAGUUACGGGUCCGUCUAUAAGGCGCUCCACAAAGAGAGCUGCUCCAUUGUGGCCAUUAAGCUGGUGCCGGUGGAGUCCGACCUGCACGAGAUCAUAAAGGAGAUAUCAAUUAUGCAACAGUGCGAUUCUCCGUACGUGGUUCGCUACUACGGGUCUUACUUUAAGCAGUACGAUUUGUGGAUAUGCAUGGAAUACUGCGGGGCGGGCAGCGUUUCCGACAUAAUGCGCCUCCGCAAGAAAACGCUGACAGAGGACGAGAUAGCCACCAUAAUGUCGGACACGCUCAAAGGCCUGGUCUAUCUGCAUCUGCGCCGGAAAAUACAUCGAGAUAUCAAGGCUGCCAACAUACUGCUCAACACGGAAGGCUAUGCCAAGCUGGCCGACUUUGGUGUGGCUGGCCAGCUUACAGACACGAUGGCCAAACGGAACACGGUCAUAGGAACUCCCUUCUGGAUGGCCCCCGAGGUUAUUGAGGAGAUUGGCUACGAUUGUGUAGCGGAUAUUUGGUCCCUUGGCAUCACAGCCCUUGAAAUGGCUGAGGGAAAGCCCCCCUACGGUGAUAUACAUCCCAUGCGGGCUAUUUUUAUGAUACCUCAGAAGCCACCGCCCUCAUUUCGGGAACCAGACAGAUGGAGCACUGAAUUUAUUGACUUUGUAAGCAAAUGCCUGGUAAAGGCUCCCGAUGAACGUGCCACAGCUACAGAGUUACUGGAGCAUGAAUUCAUCCGUAAUGCCAAGCACCGUACCAUAUUGAAGACCAUGCUGGAGGAGACCUGUGCCAUUCGAGAACAACAGCGGGCCAAUCGGGCUGCUGGCGGAGUGUUGGCCUCUAGUCAGGCCAAGAGUCUUGCCACACAGGAGAACAGUAUGCUACACAACAUGCAAGAGGAAGAAACAGAGUUCAACGGCACGGGCAAGACCUUCAUUGAUGAUCCUGGCACGCUGGUACCUGAAAAAUUCGGUGAAUAUCAGCAAAGCUCCGCUUCAGAUGCAACCAUGAUAUCGCAUCCGGAGCCAGAUUUUGACGAAGGCACCUUGGGACCGGGUGGCGUACGAGGUUUGAGCAGGGCAACGGCAAUAACGGCAACCGGCGCGACUGCUGCGUCUGCAUCAUCACCUCUCGAUGUACCAGCAGUCGAUAGUGGAACGAUGGUGGAGCUGGAGUCAAACUUGGGAACAAUGGUGAUUAACUCUGACUCGGACGAUUCGACAACGGCUAAGCGCAAUGACGAUCAGAAACCACGCAACCGGUAUCGUCCUCAGUUCCUGGAGCAUUUCGAACGUAAAAAUGGGGGCGAUGGACGGGGCGACGACAAGUCGGCGGCUACAGAGUAUUCCCCAGCGGCAGCCGAGCAGCAGCAGCAGCAGCAACAACAGGAGGAGCAGCAUCUGGCCAGUGGAGCCAACGAUUUAAACAACUGGGAGCACAACAUGGAAAUGCAGUUCCAGCAGAUAUCCGCAAUCAAUCAGUACGGGAUACAGCAACACCAGCAGCACCAGCAGCAGCAUGUACUCAUGGCCUAUCCACUGAUGAAUGAUCAGCUCAUUGCCAUUAACAAUCAACAGAAUCUUCUGCGCAACAAUGCCACGCCCCUUGCUCAGCAGGGACACCCGGCUGUGGCUGCAGCUCAACCGCCGCCCGCAUAUCAGAACCAACAUAUGCAUUCGCAAUCGCACGCAUAUGUGGAGGGUGAAUUUGAGUUCCUUAAGUUUCUUACCUUCGACGAUCUAAAUCAGCGUCUUAGCAACAUUGACCACGAAAUGGAGCUGGAGAUUGAGCAGUUGAAUAAGAAAUACAAUGCCAAGCGGCAGCCCAUUGUGGAUGCCAUGAAUGCAAAGCGCAAACGCCAGCAGAAUAUCAAUAAUAAUCUGAUUAAGAUAUAGAAAAAUCGACUCACAACUUUGCAAGGCAACUGAAAAUAGAAUUUCAACUCACAAGACCCUUUGCAU